CGUUUGUACACUCAAAUGAGCGUAUUAAUGGAACGUAGCAGUCUUUCUUCUGUGUCGUGUUACUAUAGCAACUUUUUAAUCGUAUUUCAAUGUAAACAAUAACUCGAUCAAAUCUAGAAUGAACGAUCCAGUUUCAUAGUAAAAAUUUAUCGUUUUAUCAUUUGUCGCUUUGCAAUAAAAACAAAAAUAGAACGCCAAAUUAAACAUGCACUGACCGAUUUAAGUUACAUUUUACAUUUAAAAUCGAUGUCGUAGACAAUUUUCAGCGAAAGCAAGUGAUUCAUUUCCGCGGGAAAUUAAGACAAAUCGUUUAUAGUUGUGUAUCGUAUUUGUAAUUUUCACUUGAGAUCGAAGAAAUGCGUGCUAUUCCAAAAUGGGUGGAGAAGAUUGGCCAGGAAGGUGAAGAUAAAGAGCAAGCCGGAAUUCAUUCAAUUUGCUUUCAUCCAGAGGGUAUUCAACUGAUCGUUGCUGCAUGUGAUAAAGUUUUGGUCUAUGAACCAAAUGAAGGCACUCUUAUCGAAACGUUGACUGGACACAAAGAUACAGUUUAUGCUGUAGCAUAUGCACAUGAUGGCAAAAAAUUUGCAUCCGGUGGUUCCGAUAAAUGUGUCAUCGUUUGGUCCAUCAAACUCGAUGGCAUACUAAAAUACUCUCAUAGCGAUUCGGUUCAGUGUUUGGCAUUCAAUCCAGUGUCACAUCAAUUGGUAUCUUGUACACAAUCGGACUUUGCAUUUUGGUCGACCGAACAAAAGGCCGUACAAAAAUUCAAAGUUACAUCGCGAAUAAAUUGUUGUGCAUGGACAAAUGAUGGACAUUAUCUGGCAUUGGGAAUGGCAAAUGGCACGGUUUCCAUUCGAAAUAAGGCGGGCGAUGAAAAGGGAAAAAUCGAACGACCUGGUGGCACAAAUAGUCCAAUCUAUGGCAUUUCAUUUGAUCCAAUAAGCGCUGGAAAUAUAGACAUUCUAUGUAUUGCCGAUUGGAAUCAAACAAUUUCAUUUUAUACACUUGGCGGACAGAGUGUUGGCAAAGGACAACGUGCACUUGGUUUUGAUCCAUUGAAUCUCAGCUAUUUUCCGGAUGGUGAAUUCAUUACGGUGGCUGGAUGCAAUAAAGCCGUACAAUUAUUUACCAAAGAUGGCAUUCGACUUGGAAUGUUAGGUGAAGUUCAUGAAUCAUGGAUUUGGACAACGGCCAUUCAUCCAUUUGGAUCAUCAAUGGUGGUUGGUUGUCAAGAUGGUACUCUCGCCUGUUACAAUCUCGCCUUUAAUACGGUUCAUGCACUAUACCGUGAACGAUAUGCAUUCCGUGAGAAUAUGUGCGAUAUAAUAAUUCAGCAUUUGGUAUCGGGUCAAAAAGUGCGCAUAAAAUGUCGAGAUUUGGUGAAUAAAAUUGCAAUUUAUCGAAAUCGGUUGGCUGUUCAAUUGCCCGAACGUGUUGUUUUAUACGAACUAAGUUCGGCUGAAAAUCAGCCAAUGCAUUAUAAGGUGAAGGAGAAAAUUGGCAAAAAAUUUGAAUGCAGUUUGCUCGUUGUGUGCUCACAACAUCUCGUCUUGUGUCAAGAGAAAAAAUUGCAAAGCUUAGAUUUUUCGGGUGUAAUGCAACGCGAAUGGGUUUUGGAUAGUUUUAUUCGUUAUAUUAAAGUAACCGGUGGCCCACCUGGCCGUGAAGGACUAUUUUUGGGCUUGAAGAAUGGCCAAGUGUGGCGCAUUUUCUUGGACAAUUCGUUGCCAAUGUUAAUUACAACGGUUCUAUCGUCGGUUCGAUGCUUGGAUUUAAAUUCAACGCGUACCAAAUUGGCUGUGGUCGACGAUGCUGGCCGAUUGAUUGUACGUGAUUUGAUCAAUGAUAAUAUGUUGUAUCAGGAUAGUGGAGUUAAUUCCGUGUCAUGGAAUACAAAUUUAGAAUCGAUGCUGUGUUAUUCUCAUACAACCGGUGGUAUAAGUGUUCGUGUUGGUACAUUGCCCCCUCGAAGCCCACAGACAAUGCUUGGCGUUGUCGUUGGUUUGUGUGGUGCCACAGCAUUUUGCCUUCGCGGUAAUAUGAUGAAUAACGUUUCAUUGUCAUUGGGAUCAACUAUGUGGCAGUUUAUUGAAGCCGGCCUUUUUGAAGAAGCAUAUCAGGUUGCAUGUUUGGGUGUUUCGUCAUCAGAUUGGGAGGGAUUGGCGCAAGCAGCCGUUGAUGCCCUUCAAUUAACCGUAGCUAAGAAUGCAUAUGUUCGUGUUCGAAAUUUACCAUGGCUCCAGCAUAUAAACGAAAUCAAAGAGCGUCAAAAGCGUGGCGAUGUGCCAAAAGAAAUUUUACAAGCGGAAAACUUGGCAUUUGCUGGUAAAUUCAAGGAAGCCGCCAGAUUGUAUCAGAAGAAUGGCUAUAGCAAUAAGGCAUUGGCAAUGUACACAGAUUUGCGAAUGUUUGAUUUGGCGCAAGAAUUUUUGAAAGAAGGUGAUUCAUCCGAUCGCAGAGAAUUGGUUCGUAAACGUGCCGAAUGGGCAUGUUCUGUUCAUGAACCAAGAGCUGCAGCUGAAUUGUUAUUAAGUGCCGGCGAACAUGAACGAGCCAUUGAAAUUGUCACUGAACAAGGAUGGGCUGAUGUACUGUAUGACAUUGGUCGUCGAUUGAGCCAAAGCGAUCGAAUCGCAUUGAAUUUGGUAGCAACGAAUUUGAGAAAACUACAAUCCUUGCCGUUGGCAGCUGAAAUCUAUAGAAAACUUGGUGAAGAAGCACAGGUUGUUCAAUUGCAUGUUGAAUCACGUGACUGGACCGAAGCAUUUCGUUUGGCAGAGAAUUUACCACAAGUACUACAAUCAGUGCAUAGUCAGCAUGCACAAUGGUUGGCCGAAUCGGAUGAAUUUGUUAAAGCGCACGAGGCCUACAUUCUUGCUGGUCAACCAAAUGAAGCAAUCAAACUGUUAAAUAGCUUAACCGAUUGUUCGAUUUCCGAAAAUCGAUUUCUGGAUGCAAGCUAUUACAUGUGGCUUCGUGCCAGACAAUUUCUUAAAUCAUUGCCAAAAGAUGAACCAAUAUCAAAUGAAGCAUUAGUGAAAUUUGAAUGUUUACAUCGACUUUCAACGAUUUACUAUGCAUAUGCAACGAUUCACAACUAUUUGUCGGAACCAUUUACGAGCUACUCAGCGCCAGCGCUGUUCAAUUCGAGCCGAUUUGUGGCCAAUCAAAUUGGCGCUGAUAAUGGACUACCACCGAAAGGAAUUAGUAUGUUUGCUGUCUUGUACACAUUGGCUAAACAAGCCAAAGAGUUAAACUACAAGAAAUUGAAUUUACAAGUCAAUAAUCGCAUUCAAAAGUUACGCGUUCCAACUGCUUUACAAGAACAAGUCGAUAUCAAUUACAUUGCAAGUCGAGCGUGCCCAGGUGGAUUCAACGAUCCCGAAGACUCCUUGCCAAUGUGUUACAAAUGCUCAAACUAUAACUCACAUCUGCGUGGAAAUCAGUGUCCGUCGUGUCAACAUCCUUACAUUUUCUCUUUUGUUUCAUUUGAAAUCUUACCGCUGGUGGAAUUCAGUCAUGAAGACGAUAUUCCAGAUCAAGAAGUUGAGCGACUCUUAUUAGCACCGCCAAAGACAAAUACGGAAUCAUUAGAUCCAUUUGUUGAUACAAUGAUCAAUGAAGAAGUAUCAGAUAUUUUACCCUUAACAUUGGAUCGUGAUGCAUUGCGCGCAUUGGAUCCAACAACUGUACUGAUUGCGAAAUGGCCCCCACCACUUAAAACGAGAUAUUAUAGAAAUUUAAUGCCUGAAUGGCAAAUUAGCAUGUGUCCUGAAUGUUUACAGGUAUUUCACUCUGAAGACUUUGAACUACAGGUUUUGCAAAAGGGCUAUUGUCCAUUUUGUCGCACGAAUUCUGAGAUUUUACUGAAUUAAGCACCUAUUUUAUAUUGUGAUUUUAGCAACAAAUCCGUCCACAUAAUUAUUCGAAAUUUUCGAAUCGUUUAUUGAGAUUAAAUAAUGAAAUAAAUAUUGAAAUUAUAACAA